AUGCCUGGAAGGCCGUCAUCCCGCCUGCGUCAAGGCCUCGAUAAUGAGGUCUACCAGGCUGUCACUCAUCUCUUGCAGGAACCUGGAAAUCGUCCCGACGUUCGCAGUCUAUAUCAAGCCAUACAACGCUCAAAUUCUAGUCUGAAGCGCAAACCGAAACGAGCCCUCGAAGACAGUCUCGAACGCAUCCUCGAUACCCUAGAAGACGAUGCUCAGGACGACGAAGAGGCCGAAGCCGAUAGAUUUGUCAUGCAAGAAGAGGAACCAAACAUCAUGAACAAGAGCAUCACUGGUUCCUGGAAGAUUGCCACUCCUGUCACUGCGCCUGACACGCCCGCCGCAGUGAAUGGCUCUGCAACAGAAACAAAGAGGAGGGAAGCAAACGGCGAACCCGUCAAGAAGCGUAUCAAGCGUGACAAGAAUGAGGAAAUCGACCGCUCUCCACCAACAGGCAUCUCACUCGAGGACCUCGGUGGUGUCAACGACGUCAAGCGCCAGCUCAUGAACCUCUUGACUCUACCUCUUCUGCGCCCACAGCGCUACUCCGAUCUGAACGUUCCUCUCCCCCGCGGUAUCCUUCUUCACGGUCCUCCUGGAUGCGGUAAAUCUAUGCUGGCAAGAGCAAGUGCUGCAAAGCUCGGCGUGCCCUUCAUCGAGAUUGCUGGUCCCUCGGUCGUAUCGGGCAUGUCCGGAGAGUCUGAAAAGCAGAUCCGUGAUCGCUUCGAUGAAGCUCGUAAACAUGCCCCGUGUCUCAUCUUCAUCGACGAAAUCGAUGUCAUCGCUCCAAAGCGCGAGAGUUCCCAGAGUCAAAUGGAAAAGCGUAUCGUUGCUCAACUGUUGAUCAGUAUGGACAGCUUGGCUCUUGAUAACAAGGAGAACAAUGGCAAGCCUGUCAUCGUGCUCGCUGCCACUAACAGGCCAGACACAAUCGACUCUGCUCUAAGACGAGGCGGACGCUUCGACACCGAGAUCAACAUGGGCGUACCUAAUGAGCCCAUGAGAGAAAAGAUUCUGCGCACCCAAACCAGAAACACUCCUAUCUCUGACGACGUCGACUUCCCCAGACUGGCAAAGAUGACUCCCGGUUUCGUCGGUGCUGACUUGAGGGAUCUCGUGGGUAAGGCUGCCACAUGGGCCAUGGAUCGCUACCAAGACGCUUUGAUCAAGCAGGUAGAAGCAUCUACAGACGGUAUGGAACUAGACGAUAACCAAGAGCCAAACGUCGACGAGCUAUGGGACCGCCUCGUCAUUCGCGCGAGAAACACCGAAAUGGAGGAGCCAGAAGGCUUCGAAAAGACCAUCAUUCCCAUGGAAGCUUUCCUCACCGUUCUACCCACCAUCACACCAUCAUCCAAGCGCGAAGGCUUUGCAACGAUACCGGACACUACCUGGGAGGAUAUUGGCGCGCUUACAAGCGUCAGAGAAGAGCUUCAAACGGCUAUUGUCGAGCCUAUCAAAUCACCGGAUUUGUAUGCUGCAGUUGGUAUCUCAGCUCCUACCGGUGUUUUGCUAUGGGGUCCCCCUGGUUGUGGUAAAACUUUGCUCGCUAAGGCAGUUGCUGCCGAAUCCAAGGCCAACUUUAUCAGUGUCAAGGGACCCGAGCUACUCAACAAGUACGUUGGCGAAUCAGAGCGCGCAGUGCGUACGCUAUUCAAUCGCGCGCGAUCCUCAGCUCCCUGUGUCAUCUUCUUCGAUGAACUCGACGCAUUAGUGCCCCGUCGCGACGACUCGCUAUCAGAAGCUUCUGCUCGUGUAGUCAACACGCUCCUUACCGAACUCGACGGCCUAUCCCACCGCGCAGGCAUCUACGUAAUCGCAGCAACCAACCGUCCCGACAUAAUCGACGAAGCCAUGAUGCGGCCCGGCCGUCUCGAAACCAAAAUCUACGUCGGUCUCCCCGGCACCGAAGAGCGCGUGGAGAUACUCAAAGCCCUUAUUCAAUCCAGAGCCAAGGAUGGCAGAGCAGGUGUUUGGCCGGUUGGGAUUGAGGAAAUCGCGAGGAAUGAAAAGUGUAAUGGGUACUCUGGUGCUGAUUUGGAGUCUUUGCUUAGGCAGGCUGGUCAGCAUUGCUUGAAGAGAAAGGAUAACAAGGUUGCGCUUGUUGACUUUGAGUAUGCGAUCAGUGUUGUGCAUAAGAGUGUGGGUAGUAUUGAGAAGUAUGAGAAGCUGAAGAAGAAGUUUGCUAGUGGGUUUUAG